ACUCUGGCAAGUUGUCGAAGACAUUGGAGAUUGUUUGUUUUUACGUUGUUAGGUAACGACAGAAGCAUGCUCACUUGGUUUUUACUUGCAACUAACGCACAAAUAAAAUCUAGAUUUAGAUUAGUCUAGUUUGUAAAAAAAAAAAUCAUUCUGUCGUUGUGAUAAUUCGUCCCAUGUUUGUGCGUGUGUGUGGAUAAAAUUGAUACAACGCACAGUAAUAGAUCUAUCAUCUAGAAACUAGAUGUAGAUCAAGAUCGAAUUACGACGAAUUAGAUCUACUGAUCUAGAUUAGAUCUAGAUAGCAUUCAGAAGUCGCAUUUAAAUUUAAAGUCUACUGAUCUACUGUAUAGUGUACACAUAGAAUCUAGAUUUAAUACUUCAUAAAUCACAACAUGAUAAAUAAUCACUAUAGUUAUAGCCCAUCAGACUCACAAAUGAUCGGUGACCCAUUUGGUGACAAUAGUGCUAUGCACAAAGAUGUAAAUCAUCUAAGUAUCUCACGUGGAGAAAGAAUAGAUGCAGAAAUAGACUGGACUAAACUCAAGACACUGCAUGUUUAUGACGAAAUGGAAAAUAAAAUAAUGUUUACAGAUAUUUUUAAGCAUCAGAAGACCAUUAUAAUUUUUACAAGGCACUUUUUAGAUUUUGUUUCAAAAGAAUAUGUUGAAGAUAUAGCCAUUAUUCCAUUAGAAUAUACUCAGAAUGCAGGGGUAAGGUUGGUAGUAAUAGGUCCAGCUCAGCCCAAACAUAUAAAGCAGGCAUUUAAAAAGUUAACUGGCCUAAGCUAUUCUCUUUAUGUUGAUCCAGAGAGAGAGGUAUAUAAAGCUUUAGGAUGCCAAGAUAAGAUAGCUACAGCUGCAGUAGAAAACAGUAAGCACAUCAAAUCAGGUUUUGUAACAGGAAUGUUGAGUAGUGUUUGGCGAGCAAUGACUUCUGGAGAUAAAGAGUUUCAAGGUGAUAUUCAGCAACAGGGCGGUGCAUUUAUUUUUGGUCCAGGAGAUGUGUGCCACUUCAGCCAUAUAGAUCAAAAUGCUGCUGACCAUUGUCCACUGAAUGAUAUUUUGACCAGGGCUAAUGUUAUGAAUGUCAGCUUCCCUAAAGACCCUAGAAUAGAGAUUGUAUGAUUGUUUCAACUGCAUUUUCAAAAUAAAAUUCUUGUCUCAUAGCACAAACACAAAAUAAUUGAUCCAGCUAACUGAAGAACACAAGUGUUUUAACAAUUCAGAACUAUUUUAGUGACAUAAAGUUUAAAGUUUUUGUUCAAAUGAUGUAAACAUUUAACUUUUUAGGAUAUAUAAAUUUUGAAAAAAAAAAAAAAAAAAAAAAGAAGAAUUUCCAUUAUAAGACAACAAUCACAAAAACAACAGACAUAUAAGAAUUCUUUUGCAUCCUUAGUAAUUAAAUCCAAUUAACUUUCUGAUGUCACCUUCACAUCUAAUGUUUGAGUGAAACUGAUAUGAACUUAGAUUUUGUUUACUAUCAUUGUAAUGUAUUCUUAUGUGUAAUGCACAAUUUAUUAAACAAUAGCUUGUCAAGGUCUGACAAGGUCUAAAAAUAUGCCAUUAUUAUAAAAUAGCAGUUAAAUGCAACUAAACAUAGUGCUUAGUUUAUUAAAUUUACUCAUAAGAAUCUAAUGGUGCAACACAUUUAACAUUUUUUCCGUUCUCUGAAUGAUCUUAAAAGAAAAACAUUUCUCAAAUUUUUGCCAAAUUACUUAGUUGCUUAUGUCACAAUGGCUAACACUAUGAUCUAUCACUUCUCUGAACCAGUAGUGAAGGAGAUGGGGGGGGGGGGGCAUGAAGGGGGUAUCUGGUGAAUGUGACAGUGAUAAACUGUUUAAAUGCAUUUGUAAAAAAAAAAAGUGCUUAGUCUUUUAGAUUCAAACUUUGAAGUGGCAAUCUAUCUCUACAAAGUAUAAAGGUGACUAAUUAAGUGGCAAUCUAUCUCUACAAAGUAUAAAGGUGACUAAUUAAGCUUUUACCACCACUUUAGAUUUAGAUUCUUGUGAAAAAGAAAUUGUGCAAAAUUCAGCUUGAUUCAAGAUUGGGUGUUAGAGAAAUAAUGUACAAACUUUUUACCAGAUGGAGACAGUUGAUGUAAACUUUGUAAAAUAAAUUCUGCAGGUUAAAUGUAUGGUAAUUUUAUAGAUUUUGUAAAUAAAACUUUUUUUUUCA